GAUGUAAGAUUUUAUGCUUGUUUAUAGUGGUUAUGUUGUAAUUUCCGCGUGAUUUUACCGCUCUAUGAAUAGUUUAAGAUUUAUCCAACAUAUAAAUGCUUGUUUUGGUCGCCCAUUCCUCCGUUCCUUGAGGAAAAGCUGGAUACCUGUUGCCAAGAUGCAGCUGUUUGUUCGCGGCCAGGAGCCGCACGUGGUCGAUGUGACCGGCGAGGAGACGGUGGGUCAGCUGCGCGCCCAGCUGUGCGCCCUCGAGGGCCUGGCUGCCGACGAGGCGCGCCUCUCGGUGGGCGGCGUGGCGCUCGCCGAUGACGUGCUCGUCAACUCGAUCCAGGCUGAGGUCGAGCUGGAUGUCGGCCUCCUCGGAGGCAAGGUGCACGGCUCGCUGGCCCGUGCCGGCAAGGUCAAGGGUCAGACGCCCAAGGUGGAGAAGCAGGAGAAGCGCAAGAAGAAGACGGGCCGCGCCAAGCGGCGCAUCCAGUACCGGCGCCGCUUCGUGACCGUGGUGCAGACCUUCGGCAAGAAGAAGGGCCCCAACGCCAACUCGUAAUCAUAUACAAUACACCUGCCGAUACGCCGCGA